AUGCUCGGAGCCGAGUUCCUCGAGCAGCUCACAAAGCUUCAGGUAACCACCUAUGUUGGCGUGGAGGAUUUCGCAGACAGAUUUAACUUCCUCGUCACUAUCAUGGUGAUACUCCUCUGCACAACAGUGGUCACGGUCAAACAGUACAUCUUGAAGCCCAUCUCCUGCUAUGUACCCACGGAGUUGGGUGGCAGAAAUAUCCUGGAUUAUGUGGAGAACUAUUGUUGGGUCCAAGGAACGAUUCCUAUUCGAUAUGAUGAGAAGGUUCCCGAUACCUCAGAGGGUUGGAAUGAGUUGGAAGAGCACAAACUGCGUGAGUCCCGCGAUCAUUAUGUUAUCUUUAAGACGAUUCACCUACACGCCAUCACAACUUGCUUGCUUUUGGCGCUUCUAUCCUAG